AUGAAGUGUUAUAUUUCAGGCCCAUUUUUUCUGCUUCACAGCCUGUCUGUUAAACAAAAAAAGGAUGCAGAGGAUCUCUGGAGCAAAAAUACAAACUGUGCUGCUUUGAGAGAAGCUCUUCAGGACUUUAAAGAGCUCGAAGUGCAGUGGGAUGCCUUUCUACAGCGUUUGGAUGAUGAGUUACAACUGAGUCCUAAAAUACACAAUGUCGAUCAUCAAUCAAAAUGCAUUUCACCAGAUACGCCGCUCAUCGAUGCCAGAACUGGAGAAACAGUAACGCUGCAGAAAUAUCUUGGGAGAGGUAAGAAGAUAUUGCUGGUGUUAAUCCGUCAGUUCUCCUGUCUGCUCUGCCGUCUACACGUUCAAGAUCUGCAGAAGAAUCAAAGUUCUCUGGAUGCACACUCAGUACAAGUGGUGGUCAUUUCGUUUGGCUGUCAGGAGGGAGCAUCAUACUGGGUAGACCAAACAGGCUGUCAGUACGACAUGCUGCUGGAUCCCAGUAGAAAGAUGUAUAGUGCAUUUGGUCUGGGAGCAUCUCUGCAGAAAGUGUUAAACUUCGGUAACAUGCUGAUCUACUCUGAAUAUGUAGCGAACGAUAUGGAGUUUCCACGAGAACUUCCGUGGAUUCAAGACGACAUGUUUCAGCUGGGAGGCAACUUUGUUUUGGACGAACAUGGAAGGGUGUUGUUCUCUCACCGCUGCCAGAGUCCAAUAGACCGACCCUCAGUGGAGGACAUUUUAUCUGCACAGUGAAUAUUAAAAUCCUUCAUGCACGGCAUGACUUAAUUAAAGGAAAAAAGAAACAGAUGAUGUCAGCUGAUUCAUUCUUUGUAUCAAGUUAAGAUAAAUGUGAUU